AUGAUUUUCCUACAAUUCGAGACAGCCCGAAAGCCCUACCAUGCCCGAAAGCCCCAUCAAGCUCCGGACCGAAAGCCCCAUCGAAAUCUGGACAACGAGAUCAAUGCGGGGCUGGAUGAGGUGCUUAAUGGGUACCUAGAUCAGGACCUGGAUACGGAGCUGAAUGAUCUGCCGGAGAAGGACACCAUCCACGGUCAGAUGGAUCGAGACCAAGAUCAAGAUCUGGACUCAGACCUGGAGCCUGGUGGGUUAUAUGUGGUGGUGCAAGAGCUGGAGCGGCAACUAGAGCAGGGGCAAAAGCCGAGCCGACAGCUGGUUCAAGAGCUGGCUGAACUGCUGGAGGAGUUCCUCGUAACCGAGCCGGAGGAGUCCGAAAGCUCCGAAGAUAUGUGGGAUGACAAGUCGGAGCGGGAAUGCAUCUGCCAAUACUACUGUGAGCGGGAAUGCAGGUGCGGAUGCCACUCCAAGCAGGCCUACGGCGACAGAUCCGAGGCAAAGGAGCACCAUGAGGACCCGUGGGAAAACUACUCCAAGUGGGACCUACGGCGAUAG